AUGGACAAUAUUGCGGGUCUACAUGCAUGGCAGUGGUUUCUCCUGUUGGAGGGUAUCGUGUCCGUCAUGGUUGCCAUUCCCGGAUUCUGGCCUCUUCCGAACUUGCCCAACAACACCGGAACAUACUACUUCACCGCUGAAGAGCGACAGAUGGCGCAAUACCGUCAGUCCGUGUCUUCUGGUAUGGUAUUAGAGAACGAAGAAGUGGACUAUAUUGGCGGAUUGAUGCAGGCUGUGUAA